UGUGUGUGUGUGUCCCUAGCGGCAGACUCCUCUUCACUUUCCUCAGCUUAAAACAAGACACGGUAGAAAAAAGGAAGCUGGGUUGAAAAUAGUCGGAACAAAGAAGCUUCCCUAACGGACUCACUCUGAGAUUAAACCAUCACGACUAUUUAAUCAGCGAGAACAAGUGAGCCGUGUCCCUCAAGCCGCUAAAUUCACUGACUUUGUAUAAACAGACAGUAUCUCACAGUUUGCUGACACCUGAAUCUUUGCCCACCAUGAACACCGUGUACGAUGGCAGCGUGCCUGCUACAGCUCAGAGUGAUGAGGACAAAGAGCCCUUGAGGAUCAUGCUUCUUGGGAAAUGUGGUGCAGGAAAGAGCUCGAGUGGCAACACCAUCCUCAAUAAAAUGGUGUUCAGGUCAGAGAUGAAGCUGGGGAGCAUCACUGUCCACUGAAAAGAGUCAGGGGAGGUUGGAGACAUACCCGUUGUUGUGAUUGACACACCUGGGCUUUUCGAAGGAAGCAACAAGGAGGACAUCAUUCGAGAGAUUCUUCAGCGUGUGAAACUCCAGGAACCAGGACCCCACGUCUUUGUGUUUGUAGUCCCUUUAGGAAGGCUGACUCAGGAAGACCAAGACACCCACACGCUGAUUGAAGCAAAGUUUGGCCCAAGAGUGUGGGACUACACCAUCGUGCUGUUCACCCACGGGGACCGCCUGGAAAACAAAACAAUAAACAACAUCAUUACCGAGAGUGAUGAGAACCUCCGCAACUUCAUACGGAAGUGCAGCGGUGGCUUCCACGUCUUCAACAACAAAACCCCAGAGGACCAGAAGCAGGUGAACUUUAUGGAGAAGAUCCAGACUCUGGUGGCGCUGAAUGGAGGUAGUUACUACAAGACAGAGCUGUAUCCUGAGAAGGAGAGGAAAAUCAGAAAAAGACAAGAGAGCAUCCUCGAAGAGACUAAAGAAAUUAAAAAUAAGGAGAAAAACCUGGAGGAUCAUUACAAGGAUGAAGACCUAAAGAUGAUGAAGACAAAGAUGUGGAGAAAAGAGGAGGAGAUGGCAAGAAAAGUUGCAGAGGAGGAACUUUGCAGCAAGUCUUACCUAAUGAAGAGUCUGAGGGUCAUCCUGUUCCUGGUUUUCUUGUCUCUACUGAUCUGUUGGGCUAUUGGGGUGGCAGCAAAGAUGCUUUUGGGAAUAGGAAUGAUUUUAUUUGUAUCUUUUAUGGUUUUUCCAGCUACCCCAGGAAAAAUACCAUGGCUUACUAAGAAAAGACAAUAGAUGUGCUUUUACUAUGAAGCACUGCAGUAACCGAUGAUAUAUCACUCUGCAUGUGAUAGAUGAAUGUAACUGAUUUAAUUCCAGAGAAAUUAUAUAUAAAACAUUUUCACAGGCAAAACAACUGUACAAAUGCUGAGAAAACAAA